CACCCACUUAUUUCGUUAGCUGUUGAUCGCGACAUCGCGUCACUUCGCGAUCCCCCUCUCGCAUUUGCUAUGCGAAUUCUGACGUGCAGGCUUCCAACCGAAUAAUUACUUCAUCCCCACAUCAAUUCCACAUGGAAUCUACAGUGCAACAAUUCUACGGCCACUCUUAAAAGCGCUAAAACCGGCACCUGAAGCAGAACAGAGCUUCAAGGUUUACGCGAACGCGUCCAGACAGGGCCGCGCCAAUCACUACAAUGGCUCCCAAAGCCACCGCCCUCGAGGCGGCACUUAAGAAUGCAGUCCGAAACCUUUACGAGGAAGUAGGCGACCAAAUUAGUGUAAACGCAGUCCGCAAGCAAGCGGAGGAUGAAAUGGGCCUUGACGAAGGCUUCUUUGUAUCAGAAGAUUGGAAGGCCAGGUCUAAGACCAUUAUCAAAGAGGCUAUGGACACUGUUCUCAACGAAGGAGAGGAAGACGAUGAACCAGAACCAGAACCAGAACCAGCUCGUGCAAAGCCGAAAGCGCAAACAAAGCGCUCCAAAACCACCCUCAAGCGCGAGUCCAGCGGGUCCGAAGAACCUCCGGCGACCAAGCGGCGAAAGAGAGAGGCCGCGCCGGUUGCAACUAAGAAGAAGGCUAUCAAAAAGGAUACGUCCUCUUCUGAUCUCUCGGAGCUCUCGGAGUUGAGUGACGCAGAUGAACCACCGGCAAAGAACAAAAGGGCUACCAAGAAGGCUUCGACUAAAAUGACGAAAGCAAAGCGUUCGGUAAACUCAGACGAGGAAUCGGACAAUUCAAAUGGGGAGACAUCCGACGUAAAUAUGAGUGAGGGUUCGGAAGGUGAAGCAGAACCGAAGCCCAAGCCUAAGCCCAAGGCUACAAAGCCCAGAAAGAGGGCAACUGCUGUAGCUUCAAAGAAGAAAGGAAAACAGCCAAUUGCUUCUAAGGAUGAUUGCGCGGACGAGAAAGAAGAAGUCCCCGAUAUGGAUGACAAAGUCGAGGAGGACAGUGCCAAGGAAGUGAGCCCAAAGGCAAAACCGGAACAGGCUGCCAGCCCCAAGCAAUCAAAAGACACCAAGGACACGACGAAGCAAGAAGACUCAGAAGACUCGCCUCUGAGCGAUGUGCAAAGUCCAUCCGGCGACGAGAAGGAGAAUAAACAGGCAGUUGACGACGACUCCGACAGCUCCAUGUCCAUAGUAUAUGACGAGCCCCCCAGGCGGAAGAAAGGAAAGUCCAAGGUGCCUGCAGAACCAAAGGCUAAGAAAGCUGCCAGGGGAUCGAGCAGCAAAAAGACGACAGCUGCGGAUGCCGCUUCACCCGACGAGCUGGAGAUUAAGAAAUUGCAAGGACAGCUGAGCAAGUGUGGCAUCCGCAAGAUUUGGGCAUUUGAGCUAAAGCAGUAUGGUGACGAUUCAAAAGCAAAGAUCAAGCACCUAAGAGGUGCGCUGCGUGAUAUCGGGAUGGACGGUCGGUUUUCCGAGGCAAAGGCGCGUGAGAUCAAGGAGAUGCGGGAGCUUGCAGCCGAUCUUGAAGCUGUCCAAGAGAUGGAUAAAGCUUGGGGUGUCGGAGGUCGGGCCUCAAGAAGCCGGGCAGCAGCCUCGAAUACCAAGAAAAAGCUGGCAGAGGACAGUGAAGAUAAUGAUGGCGAUGGUGAGGACGGUGCCGGCAAGAAGAGCGAUGCUGGCUCCGAUAAUGAAGACGACGAGAAUGUCAAGACAUUCUCCAAAGGUCGCGGGUCGGCCAAAUAUCAUUCUGAUCUGGCUUUUCUCGGGGAUGAGAGCGAAUCGGACUGAGCGCGGGAAACAGGACAUAAAGAAGCGCAUCGAGCCCGCACUUUCUAUUUUUCUGCAGAGAAUGCGCUCAAACCAGUCCACGGUAGAGGUCUCGCAUACAUCUUGGCAGUUGGGCAUUUUGUCUCAUCUAACGGCAUUCAUUCUCUGUGCUAUUAAGCUGAAAACAGCAACCGAGCCCAUAAAUAACACGGCAUUGUAAAACUAUAAGACGAGUCAAUGUUGGUUGUACGAGUUUGAUAUAUGUAUUCUCAUGACCAGUUUCUUACAGCUUUCCUUGACACCUGGCGCUCUUCAUUGUCUGUGCGGGCAUCAGUAAAGAGCCGCCUCAAGUUUGGGAAGUUCGCCUAAAUAUUGAAGGUCAGGAACAUGAGCCAAACGAAAAAGGGGUUCGUGUUGUUGUGGGUACACACUAAAGCAAUGAGAACAUACCAUGGAAGCGCAGCGCAACUUAGUUGAUAAUAUCGGCGGAGCUAGUUCCUUGAUGUCGGGGAAAGAAGGGAGAAGGAUAAAAAUAUGUAGGAUUAAGUUGCCAAUGGCAUGCUAAAUUAAGCUCUCUCAGAAUUGCGACCAGGAAGAUGAAAAAGAAGAAAUAUUACCAAAAUGAGAAGAAUGAGUGAACUGUAUGUAGUCUGAUGUUCAACGGUGUGGCUUUUCCAAAUACCUUCGCCAC